AUGGCGGAUCCUUCAAUGGACUUAGUUUCUGGUGGAAGUCGGAAAAGAGUUUCUAAGGCGUGCGAUUACUGUCGUAGACGCAAAAUACGAUGUGGACCCAUAAACGCUAUCACCGGGAAAUGUGACAAUUGCACCAAAUCCAACAUGGUUUGCACUUUUAACCAUCAUGAUGAACUUGAGCGACAACGACGAGAAUUAGAAGAUGGGAAAUUACAAGAGAAUGAUCGUAAGCGGUCAAAACCGGGUAUCAAGCCUGUAGGUGUUUCGCAGCAGCACGAGCCAACAGGGAACCCUUCAAAGGUAGAAAUUAAAUUGGCCAAUUUGGAAGCGCAGCUGGGGACUCUGAUCAAGUGGCUAGCGGCAUCUGAGAUGAACUUACCUACUGAUGAUAACGCCACCCCGAAGCAAACUCCAGUGGUCAAACGUAAACGAUACACAACCUCUUUAUUGACCCGUCGAAAAAUUAUUUGGCUUAAAGAGAAAACAGCCUCCGUUUUAGGCAAAGCCGCAGUUGGAAGCGGUGGCGAUGCAAACGAGCCCUUGACCGUUAUGCCAAAUAACUCCGACGCCUCACCUGACAUGCUGAAGACUUUCAUGCCUUUGAAAAACGUGCUGUUGUGUGCUUCCAAAUGGUAUAUUGCCAAAAUGAAAAUGCUCAUAGAACUCCCAAGUCACGUCAACUCUGUAAAUACUUCUCCAUUUCCCUUUCCUUCGAGGGCAGAAUGUUCAGGAGUACUAGAAUCAUUUGCCAAAGUGAUUUUUAAAAACGACUUUAACGUUAUGCGUGGUGAAGAAUUGACCUUACUAAUCGAUAGAUAUUUUGCCGGCGGAAAGAUGUCUUAUUCUGAACUUCUUCUCUUAAACAUCACGCUUUGUUCCAGUACCAAUUAUGACCUCCAAAACUAUCAAUAUCUCACAAGGGACACAGUCGCACCAGAUACAGAAGCAAGACUUUCUGAUUUGCAGGAAAAGACGUUGGCGAAUUCCAUGUUCUAUUUCCAUAAAAUGUCUUUGAUUUGUGAUGGUAUAAGGUCGAUACAAGCCCUGCUCCUCUUGUAUCAGCAUAUUAAUUCAGAAAUAAGCUCCGAAUUGGGCUACAACAUUUUUUGCACCGCGGUACGAUUUGCACAGCUCAUUGGGUUGAAUCAAAGGGAGUCUUUCAAAAACCUGCCGUACUCAGAGGCUGUUACAAGGAUGGCUGUAUGGUCGCGUUGCGUUUCGUUGGAUGCCCAAUUGUGUUUGUCGUUUUCCAAGCAACCUCUUCUCGAUUGGAAUGACACGGAUGUUUUAACGGACGAAUUCUAUCUGGAAUUCAUAAACGAGUAUUAUAUCAAACAGGACAAUCAAACAACUCAUUCAGAAACACCCCAGACUGUGUCGGUGGCACUGAAUUCACUUUUGGGCGACUUUGAGCUCAUAUAUUUUGGACUAUCUUACUACUCAACUAAAUUAUCAAAGAUAUCUCAUAUGAUAUACUCAUAUUUCUUCUCUGUUGGAGCUACCAAUGGUGUUCUCUUUGAUGAAAUGAUUCAACGGGUUUUUGAGAUCAAGCGAGAGCUUAGAGAAUGGGAAAAAUCGCUGCCGUACGCCUAUAGCGCCCAAUCCUACGAACAAUAUCUGGCCAUUAUCAGAUCCCGUGAAUCGCCACCUUCAGAAUUUGAGCUUGCUUCUGCUGCUGUGAAUAUCCUAUACAUUCACUUUGAACACCUGUAUCUGGUAAUCAUGGUUAGUCUGUUCACAUGCAGUUUCCUGUUGGACAAUACAGAGGCACACCAUCUGUCCAGAUUCGACAUUGCCGAUUUGAGUGAUGAGAACAGGUCACAGCUUCUCGAUAGUACCUCCAAGAUUCUUCUCAUGUGGAAAAAAGUCAUUUUGGUGCCUAACCUUCUGGAUAGGAUUUUCUACACUUUUUCCACUGGAGCUUUUGUAUUACUUCUAUGGAGUAUUAAGCAUAUCGACAAUCCUCGAAUUGGGGAGCACAUCAAGCUCCUAUGCGAUCUACAUGAGAGUUUGAGAGGGGGAGAGGCCUUGCGAAAAUUAGCCGAAAACAUCAAGUACAACGUCUUCAUGUUUGUCUACACAUUUCUGUUGAUACUGUGUAUCAGAUGCUUUAACAAGCGAAACCUAUAUGCGCGCGUUUAUCAAUUUCGACCCUCUGUCUAUGAGUCUGUGCUAUCUGACCUCGGAAACAUGGUUGAAACCAUGAAGAACACGUCCGUUGCGUCGCUGCGGCGGCAUUUGGAACAAUACCCACCGGCUAACUUGGAUAAGACUAAUUGUGAGUCCUUUCAGAAAAGAGUACCGCGUAUGCUGAAUUUAUUCAACGACCUUGAAUUCGAAGACAUAGAAACGCUUGCUUCUUCGAUGCCUAUCCUUUUGACAAGGACCCAAGAGCAGCGUGUGGGAGACAUAGGAUCUCAGGAGAACCUUGAGAAAGUGGGCUCGGGUGUGCCCCACGCUGGCAAAUCGAAAGUAACUGUAGACCAGUCCCUUUUCCCAGAGCCAGCUUUUAUUGGGCUAGAUUCCAAUGGCCUUGCCAGCACACCCAUAGUGCCUUACCAGGAUGAUUCGAUCAUACCUCCUAUAACAUCAGAUGCUUUGAAUUUUGAUGAGCUUUUCGACAAUAUGCUGUUUGACAGAGAUUUCAGUUUACCUGCUAACUACAUGCAGUAG